AUGACGGUCCCGCGGAGGGGAGGGUACGAGAGGCGGGACCAAAGUCUUCCCCGCUUCUCGGCGCUGGCGAGUCCGGGACUAGGGCUGGAGAGAUCGCCGGGGAGCAUCGUCACCACUCCUGCACGGAGCCUCGCCUGGCCGAAUACUGCACAGUGCACACGUCGGGAUUGCAAAACAUUCCUGAGAAAUAUACCUGCUAUUUAUGGCAUGUGGCUGGUAACUUUACUCCUGCUGUAUUCUUUUCAAGAAGUGCACAGCGAGGAUGUGGUCUCGACGCGGCUGUACUUUGUGAAUGCUUCCCUGCAGAGAGUGACCUUCUCCAGCUCAGUGGGGGUGUCCCUGCCCUGUCCUGCGGGUGGCGCCCCCCAUGCCGUCCUCCGCUGGUACCUGGCCACUGGCGACGACAUCUACGACGUGCCACACAUCCGCCACGUUCACGCAAACGGCACGCUGCAGCUCUACCCCUUCUCUCCCUCUGCCUUCAACAGCUUCAUACACGACAAUGACUACUUCUGCACUGCCGAGAACCAGGCCGGCAAGAUCCGCAGCCCUAGCAUCCGUGUCAAAGCAGUGUUCAGGGAACCUUACACAGUUCGUGUGGCGGACCAAAGGUCCAUGCGGGGCAACGUGGCCGUCUUCAAGUGCCUCAUCCCCUCUGCUGUGCAGGAGUACGUCAGUGUGGUGUCCUGGGAGAAGGACACUGUCUCCAUCGUCCCAGGUAACAGGUUUUUCCUGACAUCAUAUGGGGCCCUCUACAUAUCUGACGUUCAGAAAGAGGAUGCCCUCUCUACCUACCGCUGCAUCACCAAGCACAAGUACAGCGGAGAAACCAGGCAGAGCAAUGGGGCUCGUCUCUCUGUGCUGGACCCCACUGAAACCCCGCCUUCUGUGAUGGACAGUUUCCAGUCAGGAGAAGUACAAGUGGGGCGAAGCAUAGAGUUGCCCUGCAUCGCCUCCGGUUACCCCAACCCCACCAUCCGCUGGUUGAAAGAUGGGAGGCCACUUCCUGCUGACUCCCGCUGGACACGGCGACUGACCGGCCUCACAAUCAGCGACCUCCGUCUGGAAGACUCUGGAAACUACAUCUGUGAAGUCACCAACAGCUUCGGCUCCAAAGAGGUCACAGGACACCUUAAUGUCAUCGAGCCUCUAAGAGUCACAUUAUCCCCCAAGAACCUGAAAACAGGCAUCAGCAGCACAGUGAUUCUGUCCUGUGCCGUUCAGGGCUCGCCUCACUUCGCCGUCUCCUGGUUUCGCAACACAGAACCCAUCGUGCCUGACCAGCACUUCUCCAUCCAGGGAGCCCACAACGAGACUCUCUUCAUCACGGCAGCCCAAAAAAGACACUCAGGGGCAUACCAGUGCUUCGCCACCCGCAAGGGUCAGACAGCACAGGACUUCUCCAUCAUACUGCUUGAGGAAAAACUCAAAGAAGAGGAAAGGAGAGAAGUGGAGCAGAGAAAAGACAAGAGGACACAAAUGGGGAAGCAAACCAAGAGCAUUCUAACCCCCUCCUUCACAUCCACCAUUUGCUCUUUUCCUUUCUUCCGCCCACAUUUCUCCCUUCUUUACCCCAAAUACCCAUGCAAAACCUGGUCUCCCAUCUCCCUCUCAUUCACUCCUUUCAAUCUUCUCAUUUACCCUUUUCUACCUGGCACAUUCUCCCUCUUUUUUUGUCUUCCUCCGUUUUCCCCCCUCUCUCUCUCUCGCUCUCUCUUUCUUUCUCUUUCUUUUCUCUCUCUUGCAGGUCCUCCCAGUAUCCGGGCCAUGCGGAAUAUCACAGCUGUGGCCGGACGCAACACUUUCAUUAACUGUCGUGUGAUUGGCUACCCCUAUUACUCUAUCAAGUGGUUCAAAGACGGGACAACGCCGUUGCCAGACAACCAUCGUCAGGUGGUGUAUGAGAAUGGCACUCUGAAGUUGAGCGAUGUGCAGAAGGGUGCGGAUGAGGGGGCGUAUCUGUGCAGUGUGCUCAUCCAACCCCAGCUCUCCAUUAGCCAGACUGUCUACGUCACAGUCAAAGUUCCUCCCCUCAUCCAGCCCUUUGACUUCCCUCCCACCUCCAUCGGUAAGCUGAUGUACAUAGCUUGCGUGGUGUCUUCCGGAGACAUGCCAAUCCGGAUCACCUGGAGGAAGGAUGGGCAGGAGAUUGUGUCAGGAACAUCAGGAGUCACCAUCGAAACCAAGGAGUUCAUGAGCUCCCUUCAGAUCUCCAAAGUUUCAUUGGAGCACAAUGGAAACUACACCUGUAUUGCCAGCAAUGAUGCAGCAACUGUCAGUUCAGAGAGACAACUCAUAGUAACAGUUCCCCCUGGUUUUCGGGUUCAACCCAAUAACCAAGAUGGUAUCUACGGCAAGUCUGAAGUUCUGAACUGCUCUGUGGAAGGGUACCCUCCUCCCAAAGUUGUCUGGAAGCAUGCCAAAGGUAUAGGGAAUCCCCAGCAGUACCAUCCAGUUCCACUGACAGGUCGCAUACAGAUCCUGUCCAACGGAUCUCUGCUGAUCCGCCAUGUUUUAGAGGAAGACCGGGGAUAUUACCUGUGUCAGGCCAGCAACGGAGUGGGGUCCGACAUCAGCAAGAGCAUGAUGCUCACUGUUAAAAUUCCAGCUAUGAUCACAUCCCACCCAAACACGACCAUGGCCAUAAAGGGGCAGAACAAGGAGUUAAACUGUACCGCCCGGGGUGAGUACCCCAUCAUCAUCCGCUGGGAGCGAGGUGACACCGUUAUUGACCCUGACCGUAACCCUCGGUACUCCAUCACUACCAAUUCCAACGAGAAAAGUGAUGAAGUUAUCUCCACGCUGAAGCUGAAGCCAGCGGAGCGAGGGGAUUCCGUCUUUUUCUCCUGCCACGCCAUCAACUCAUACGGCGAGGGCCGAGGGCUCAUCCAGCUUACGGUGCAAGAACCCCCUGACCCCCCAGAGCUGGAGGUUCGAGAGGUUAAAGAUCGCAGUAUGAACCUGAGGUGGACGCAGCGGUUCGAUGGCAACAGCAUCAUCACCAGCUACGACAUCGAGUACAAGAACAAAUCCGACCCGUGGGAGCUGAAACAUGCCACCCGUAAGAUCUCGCCCACAAACAACCAGGCCAACAUAGUGGAGCUCCACCCGGCAUCCGUGUACAGCAUUCGCAUGUACUCCUACAACAAGAUUGGACGCAGUCAAGCCAGCAAAGAGCUGACCAUCAGCACAGAGGAAGCACCUCCUGAUGGGCCACCCAUGGAUGUGAUUUUACAGCCAAUGACCUCUCAGAGUAUCCGUGUCACCUGGAAGGCACCUAAGAAAGAGCUCCAGAAUGGAGUGAUCCGUGGCUAUCAGAUUGGUUAUAGGGAGAAUGGACCGGGCAGUAACGGACAGUACAGUAUAGUGGAGAUGAAAGCCACAGGUGAUAGUGAGGUGUACACCCUGGAUAACUUGAAGAAGUUUGCUCAGUAUGGUGUGGUGGUCCAGGCGUUCAACCGAGCCGGAACUGGACCUUCCAGCUCUGAGAUCAAUGCCACAACACUUGAGGAUGUUCCCAGCCAGCCGCCCCAGAAUGUACGGGCCAUUACGGUGACAUCAGACGAGGCGGUUAUCACGUGGUCCGAGCCCCCGCGGAUGACCCUGAAUGGGGUUUUGAAGGGCUACCGUGUGGUGUUCUGGUCCCUCUACCCCGAUGGAGAAUGGGGAGAGAUGCAGAACAUCACUACCACUCGUGAGCAGGUGGAGCUGAAGGGUUUGGAGAAGUUCACAAACUACAGCAUUCAGGUUCUGGCCUACACACAGGCAGGAGAUGGUGUCCGCAGCAACGUACUCUACAUACAGACCAGAGAAGACCACCCCGGUCCUCCAGCGGGCAUUAAAGCCGUGCCAUCCUCUGCCACCAGUGUGGUGGUAUCCUGGCUUCCCCCUAUCAAGCCCAAUGGUAUAAUCCGAAAAUACACAAUUUACUGUUCCAGCCCUGGAUCAGGCCAACCGGUGAGGCAAAAAGGGGUAACUUCUCCUGCUAAAAUCCUGUCUUUCGGAGGAACGGUGACCACUCCAUGGAUGAAGGAAGUUCGGCUGCCGUGCAGCUCAGUGGGAGAGCCAACACCAACCAUCAAAUGGACCAAAGACAGUGAGGACACCACCAUCCCAGUUACUCAAGAUGGUCACCGGAAUAUUCUUUCAAAUGGUACCCUGGUGCUGCGCUCUGUGAAAGCCGAGGAUUCUGGGUACUACACCUGCACGGCCACCAACACACUGGGGUUUGACACAAUCAUCGUAAACCUGCUGGUACAAGUGCCUCCAGAUCAACCACGUUUGACAGUUUCCACCACGUCCACUUCUUCAAUCACUCUGGCUUGGAUCCCUGGAGACAAUGGAGGAAGUUCCAUCAGAGGUUUCGUGCUGCAGUAUUCAGUAGAUAACACUGAGGAGUGGAAGGAUGUCUUUAUUAGCUCCAGUGAACGCUCUUUCAAGUUGGACAACCUGCGUUGUGGUACCUGGUACAAAGUCAAACUUGCAGCAAAAAACAGUGUGGGAGCUGGUCGCAUUAGUGAGAUCAUUGAGGCCAAGACUCAUGGCAGAGAGCCGCAGUUCAAUAAAGACCAGCCCCUCUUCACUCACAUCAACUCCACCCACGCCCGCCUCAACCUACAGGGCUGGACGAGCGGCGGCUGCCCCAUCACUGCUGUCCUGCUAGAGUUCCGCCCCAAAGGCACCUGGGCUUGGCAGAGCGUGCGCACCAAUGCCUCAGCUGACAUAUUCCUCGCCGAGCUGCGUGAGGCCACUUGGUAUGAGCUAAAGAUGAAGGCAUGCAACAGCGCCGGGUGCGGAAACCAGAGCUCUCAGUUUGCCACUCUGGAUUAUGAUGGUAGCACUAUUCCGCCUAUUAAGUCAGCACGAGGGGAAGGGGAUGAUGUUAAAAAGCUUUUCUCUAUCGGCUGCCCUGUCAUCCUCGUCACACUGGGCAUGGCCUUACUUUUCAUUAUCCGCAAGAAACGCAAAGAAAAGAGACUCAAGAGACUUAGAGAUGCUAAGAGCUUGGCUGAGAUGCUUAUCAGUAAGAACAAUCGAAGUUUUGACACUCCUGUGAAAGGCCCACCUCAGGGACCCCGACUGCACAUAGAUAUCCCCCGUGUGCAACUGCUCAUCGAGGACAAAGAGGGAAUCAAGCAGAUAGGUGAAGACAAGGCCACCAUCCCUGUGACAGACACUGAGUUCAGCCAAUCAGUGAACCCUCAGAGCUUCUGUACAGGCGUGUCUGUGCAUCACCCCGCUCUCAUCCAGAACACAGGCCCUUUGAUUGAUAUGUCAGACAUCAGGCCGGGCACCAAUCCAAUAUCGAGGAAGAGCGUGAAGUCUGCGCACAGCACGAGGAACCGCUAUUCCAGUCAGUGGACUCUGACUAAAUGCCAGGCGUCCACACCUGCUCGCACUCUCACCUCAGAUUGGCGGACAGUGGGCUCCCAGCAUGGCAUUACGGUCACAGAGAGUGACAGCUACAGUGCCAGCCUGUCCCAGGACACAGAUAAGGGACGAAACAGUAUGGUGUCCACAGAGAGUGCGUCUUCCACCUACGAGGAGCUGGCCCGAGCGUACGAACACGCUAAACUGGAGGAGCACCUGCAGCACGCCAAGUUCGAGAUCACCGAGUGCUUCAUCUCUGACAGCUCCUCUGAUCAGAUGACCACAGGCACCAACGAUAACGCAGACAGCAUGACCUCUAUGAGCACACCAUCCGAACCAGGCAUCUGUCGCUUCACUGCCUCUCCGCCCAAACCGCAGGAUUACGACCGCGGCAAAAACGUUGCAGUGCCCAUUCCGCACCGUGCCAACAAGAGUGAGUACUGUAACCUCCCCCUCUACAUGAAGACCGACCCUUUCUUCCGGAAACAAGCGGAGCUGCACGACCCCUGCCCUGUGGUCCCGCCUCGCGAGGCAUCCAUCCGGAGCCUUGCUGCCCGGGCCUACCACACACAGGGCCGCCACAUGACAUUAGACCCCUCCAAGCAGCAGGCCCUGACACUGGGCCACGGCGGCCUGAGCAGCCUGACCAGCUCAGGGGCCUCUGGUAUUUCAGGCCCAGCUUCAAGCGGGGCUGCUGGGAGCUCCAGCAUCAGCUCAGGCACAGCCACCCUGCCCCAGAGGACUCUCACCAUGCCCAGCACCUCCUCCACCUCCUUGGCCCUAAGCGGGGCAGCUACCGCUGGAGCAGGAGCCAGCGCGAGCUCCACGGGAGGCAGCGGCCCGACGCCUGGCAGUUCCAAGGUCGGGGGAUCCAGAGACUCUCUGCUCGAGAGCAGCUCGUCCGGCCUGGGCAGACUGCAAAAGCAGAAUGCUGGGGCGUACUCCAAAUCCUACACUCUGGUGUAGCUCACACACAUACGUAUACACAUACAGUACGUUCUCACACUCCUGGAGUCUGGGCAGGGGCGGAAAUUAACAAUGGCGCGACAGGGGUCUCUAUCUUUUCCUCUCUGUUACCUUUUUUUUGCUUUCCUUUUUUUAUUCUUCUGCUCAAGCUUUUUUAUCUGGCCUUCUCCAGGAUUAAAUAUGCCAAACCCCAGGACCCUUUCCCCCAAUUCUGCCUUUUUUUAUUUUGUCUUACGUUUUGUCCUUCUCUCUCGCUUUCUUCCCCUCUCUCCUUUCUCUUCUCUCUGUCAAAGACACCUUGGACCUUAUGCACGAAAUGCUUUCCAUGUGCACUUGUUCAUUUGAUUUCUUGAGUUCAGAAAAUAGGAAAAAGCGGUUUUAAGAGAUACAUUGUUUCACAUUAACCUGUCUAGAUGUUUUUAGGCUGUCAAAAAAGUGUCUCUUUUUAUGUCUCUCAUACUGCAACGCAUUGCCUCGGAAAGCUUAUGCAUAAACGAAUCCACCACGGUGUUCCGCCCCUCCUGAUCCACAAUGGUCUGGAAAAACAGCUCGAAGCUCGAAGUCUUGACCGCCUGAAUCGAGUCUUUGGGAUUUUUUUCAUGCAAUUGAUGACACAGUAUAGAGUGUUAUUGACUAUUUUGUAAAGAAACAAGAAAAAAAAAUGUGAAAAAAAAAUGUCUGGAGCCAUUUUCACUGCGGAUGUAUGGUUACUGUACUUUAAUUUUUUUGUUCGGUUUUCUAUUUUCGAAAUGUUGAACUUUAGCACUAAGGAGGGCCGGGUGGAUCCACUGAGCUUUCUCAAGCUUGUGUACGUGUGGUGUGUGUGUGUGUGCAUGUGUAUGUAUAUGUGUAAAUAUAUAUGUAUACAUGUGGCCAGCACACACCUUUAAAAGACCUCUCGACCUAGCCUGCGUGCUUGGUCUCUUGGCAUCGGAUCGGCUUGAAGACGCCAAGUGCCGCCCACUGAGCAACAAGGUCUAGAGUCCAUCUGAAAAGGGGGGACAAGUUGGAGAAAGUAUGUAAAGGGUGGAUGCAUCUCCCUUCUCUUCUCUCUCGACUCCCUUCGAUAUGAAAGAAAGGCUCUUGUUUUGCUGUUUGUUUGUUCGUUCGUUCGAUUGUUUGUGUUUGAUGCCAUAUACCUAUCACCCCUCCUCCCCCACCCAGACCUCCCCCAAAAACGUUACCACUUCCUCUGUCUCACUGUGAACGCCUAACAGCCUCUCCUGGAUGGACCGAGCACAGGCAGAAAGGCGGGAAGAGGGCAGAGAGGUAGGGAGGAAUUAGAGGCAGACGGGCCCGUGAACAGAGAGGGAGAGAUAUCUGCCAUCGCUGUGUAGCUUUUCUGUGUUUGUUCAUCGUUUCUCUUUAUUCUUUGCUUUCCUUCCCCACACGAAGACUCUAGCGGUCGUUCCUAUUCGAAGGUCUUAGAGACUCUAGCUUUAGGUAGCGCAGGGGUGGAUAAAGGAGGGAAUGAGUGAAAUGUAGGAGGAGGGGAAGGUUUCAUUCAACCCCUAAAUGGAUCGAAAUCCCUCUCAACCCUCCUUCGUUCACUCAGUUUCCAAAGCAAAGCCCCAUCACAGAGAAACUUCCAAAAAUCGACAAACUCUCCCAAUGAUUUCAAUGGAAAAAUAAAGUACUACAUCAGGGCUCCUGCAAUACAAAAGAAGAAAAAAAAAAAGAAAAUAUAUUGCAAUGUUUGUUGUCAAAAUAUAUACAUAUAUAUUUCUAUCUAAAGAUAUAGUAAAUAUAUACAUGGUGAGAGCAGAGAUUUAAUGCCAUAUCUAAUUGAAAAAGAAAAAUUUUAUUUUAAAAAAAGAUUUGAAGACAAUCGCUCAGUGGGAGGUGCAGCAGUAAGCGAGAGGAGGUGUCGAUCACGAAACGCUGAGAUAAACGGGUAACAUAACUAAGAGAGAUUGAAAAAGAACAGCAGAGGGUGUGUUUCGACAUGCCGCAGUUGGGAAUUCUGGGGAAAGAUCGUUGAGGUUCCCAAACUAACUUCCUGUCAUUGUUAUAAUCAGCCGGGCUGCAUAGUGCAACACGCCUGUAUGGUAUGAAGGAGAUAUUUAUGGACAUUUCCGAACACACUCUCUACAGUUGCUUGGAAACAAUGGAAAUUUGCCACUGCAAAUCCAGCUCAUAAAUGGACAUCUGUGAGUGCCAUCUGAAUCCAUGCACCAUCUCUACUGCCCAAUGAAUUGUUUAAAAUACCCACAGUGCUUUGAGAGCUUUCCAUCAGGUCCCUAAAGAGACAGUUCACCCAAAAACUAAAAUUCGGUCAUUAUUUACUUACCCACAUGUUGUUCCAAAC